UUUGGAAUUCAGUCGACAACGAUAAUUACCGGUGGUUGUAUCUCGGCGCAGCGACUGAGGCAAAAGCAAAAGCACAAACCGACCGACCGACCGAACGACCGACCGAGCAAAACACACAAGCGAAAGAAAACCCCGCGCGCGCUCUUCGGCCCACCAAAAAAAAACACAACGAGAAAGACGAAACAACACAGUGUGAAGAAACAGUAAAACAGCUAAAAACAGCUAAAAUCAGCAACACAGCUAAAGUGUGACUACAAAUACAACUAGUGCGUGGCUGGUGCAUGAAAAAAUACUAUAACGAAACGAAAUUCAAAAUUUGCGCUAACUUGCAGUUGCGCGUCCGAAAAUUAUUUUUGUUGAUAAUAGCGUCGACGUCGACGUCAACGCACACACACACACACACACACACAGAAGAGCACAGUGCAAUUAUCAAAGCCAAAAAGAACAGCAACAACAACAACUUGAACAAAUUUGUGCAGAAGCGCGCGUUGUGGAAAGCUAUAAUUAAAUGAACGUGUGCCCAACGUAGGCGUCUAAAACAAUUGAAGUGCAAAGCAAUGUUAUAAUUACACUUACACAAAUCAAUAAUCCAAAUCACCAAAAAGGCUAUGUAAAAAGCGACUACACACAACUAUUAACAAUAACAAUAAUAGCAACAGCAACAGCAACAGCAACUUAAGAGCUUUAACGAAAAACAAGUGGAAACAUUCGAAAAAUUUUUCAAUAUGAUUGGAGCAGCCUGCAAUUAUUUGAGCCCAUACGCAUUGUCGCAACCCACAUCGGCUGUGGUGUUGCAACAUCACCAGCAACAUCAACAGCAACAGCUACAUCAGCAUCAGUUGCAGCAGGAGCAAUUGAUGCAGCAACAGCAGCAGCAACAGCAACAACAACAGCAGCAACAGCAGCAGCAGCAGCAGGAUCAACAGCAACCAAUGCAUGAUUUCAUGAACGCAUCUUUGCUGUCUGCCUCAGCAGCUGCCUCCGCCUCCGCCUCCAUCUCCGCCCCCGCCUCCAGUUGCAAUUCAAACGCUUCCUCGCCAUUAACGCUAUUUGGCAAACAGUCAAAUGCAUCAUCCACAAUCGCCGGCUCAUCACAAGCAGCGGCAACAAACUCAAACUCAGUGUCGGUGUCGGUGUCGGUGCCAAUGAAAAUGGAAAUGCAAUAUCCGCCGCAGGCAUCAUCCACGGGCAGUGCAUCGCCCAACUCGAGCAUAUCGCAAUCGGCAGCUUCCUCGGCAUCCGUCUCGCCCAGCAUUUUCCCCUGCAAUCCCGCCCAGUCCAAUGGCACAUCCAUCUCCUCCGCCGUUUCAUCCGCAUCCUCAACCUCAUCAUCAUCGGCGGCGGUCGCAGCAGCGGCGGCGGCAGCAGCUGCAGCGGAUUUGGGUGCUGCGGCGGUGGCCAGCGCCGCCUAUGGCUGGAAUACGGCUGCCUACACAUCACUGCCCACAAGAUCGCAAUUUCCAUAUGCGCAAUACGCCUCCGAUUACUAUGGCAACGUGGGCGUGGCGGCAGCAUCAGCCUCAGCAGCGUGGUUCUCCCACCAGCCAUGGUCAUCGCAAAGCUAUCCCAGCUUUAAUUUCGACGACAUCGCAUUCCAAACCCAAUUGCAACGUCGCUCCGUUCGCUGCACGUGCCCCAAUUGCACCAACGAAAUGAGCGGCCUGCCACCGAUUGUGGGACCCGAUGAGCGGGGACGCAAACAGCACAUCUGCCACAUACCCGGCUGCGAGCGUCUCUACGGCAAAGCGUCGCACCUGAAGACCCAUCUCCGCUGGCACACCGGCGAGCGUCCGUUCCUCUGUCUGACGUGUGGCAAGCGCUUCUCGCGAUCGGAUGAACUGCAACGCCAUGGACGCACACACACCAACUAUCGGCCAUAUGCGUGUCCCAUUUGCUCGAAGAAAUUCUCGCGCAGCGAUCACCUCAGCAAGCACAAGAAGACGCACUUCAAGGACAAGAAGACAAAGAAAGCGUUGGCAGCCGAAACAAAGGCGACAACAACGGGAGUGGAAGGAGCUGCCAUUAAGCAGGAAAAGUUAAAGGAUGACAAGUUGAUGAUGUCGAGCAAAAAGUCAGCAAAGAGCAGCACAGCGACAGCGACAGCAACCACAACCACAACAAAGUCAUCGGCAACAACGUUGCCCAUCAUCAGCAGCGAGCAGCUGAAACUUGAGCAACCAGAGACGCCGAGCAGCAACAGCUUGGGCUACACGCCGUAUGUGAAUCUGUAUCAUCAGUCGGCGGUAUCGAGUGGAUUGCCACCGUUGCCGCCACCAUUGUUCCAGCCGCAGCAUCACAUCGACAACAGGAGCAGCUACGAUCCGUGGUCGAGCAACAGCAGCAGCAGCAACAGCAACAGCAACACAAGUAAUAGCAAUAGCAAUAGCAACAGUAAUAAUCGUGCCAUGAAUCAGAAUCAAACUACCUCAGCAAGUGCCAGACCCGUAUCGUUGAGAUCGUCGGCAGUGUCCAGCAGCAACACAAGUAAUAGCAGCAGCAACAGCAACACCAGCAGCCAUAGCAACAGCAACAGUCAGACGCAACAUUAUGCGGCGCUGGCGAUGCAAAGUGAGUCACAGCUGGCGGCGGAAUACGGCUUGACGAUGUCCGGAUUGGCGAGCGGUGCCAGCGACAACAGCAGCAGCAGCAACAGCAACAGCAAUAGCAACAGCAGCAAUUGCAACAACAAUUCAAAUGGCGGAUAUGCAAGCAUUAUUGGGCCAAUGAAAUCAGAGUAUGCCGGCGGCAGCAACAGUGGAAGUUAUCCGUCCGCUGAAUUCGCCAAUAGUCCGGGAUAUGGUUAUGCUCAUCAUCAUCAUCAUCAUCAUGCUGCCCAUGCCCAUGCUCACGCCCACGCCCACGCCCAUGCCCACGCCCAUGCACACGCCCACGCCCAUGGGCACCAUCAUCAUAAUGCGUGGACCGCCGCAUAUCAUCCCCAUGCCACGGAUUAGGCAUUAAGUGCGGAUUAACACCCAAAACACCCAAAACACCCAAAAAUAAUCCAUGUUGUUAACACACAGAAUUCGACAAAA